UGUACAUAUGUAGAUAUAUGCAAUAUGAUUAAUUAGAAAACGGUGGAUAUUUCGUGUCAUUCCGCAUUCGCUGUCAUUCGCUUUCUCUUUCGCACCUUAUCUCAAAAUGGCAGCCACUACGAAAGAACUGAUCUUGCUGGAGCUAGUGUUUCUCAGAUUAGGAUCUGCAGAGACUGAUGAACAAUUACAGACAUCAGUCUGCAAAUUUUUGCCUCCAGUAUUGCUCAAGUUAUCUAGCUCACAAGAGGGUGUCAGAAAAAGAGUAAUGGAGUUAUUAAUCCAUAUAAAUAGAAGAGUAAAGAGCAGACCUCAAGUUCAGUUACCAGUUGAGGCGCUUCUGCUACAAUAUCAAGACCCAGCCGCCAGUUCAUUUGUAAUUAAUUUUACAAUAAUAUAUAUAAAACUAGGAUACCCUAGGAUGGAAAUGCACGAGCAAGUUAAGUUAGUCCCAAGUGUACUAAAUGCUAUUGAAGGAAAACCAUUGUCUCAUCAAGAUAGCUUGAUGCUUAUGAUUAUGCCUGUGUUGGGACAUUUUAAUGUCCCUAUGGAUCCGAAUAAACAGGCUUCUCUUCUUGGUCUGCAAGAUAAACCUUAUGUAGCAAAACAGUUACUUAAGUUUAUGCUCGAUGUAUUAUUAUUACCUUAUGAAUAUGUAGGACAAAUGUCAAAUCAACAACCAGGUCAACCAAUUGAUUGGUCACAAUUUCCUGUGCCACCAGGAUUAAGUGAAUAUGCAUUUAAGCGAGUGAUCGGCGAAAAUCCGCCAACAGUAGAACAGCUCGAACAAAUAAAGCUGGGAAUUGUUAAAUUUCUUGCUGCUGGAUUCUUUCCUGAUUCAGAUAUUCUCAUACAUGUGAUAGUAGCAGAUGCAGAUACUAGAUUUCGUGUUGCUAUUACAGGAGAGUUGACAUUGAAAAUGAUUGUUAAUACAUUAGACUGGUCCUCGAUGCAGUUAGCUGUGCCGCUUUAUACAUUAUUUUUGGGUACCGAUGCUUUAGCCGCACAAAAAGAAGUCAAACCGGAAAUAAAACGACAACCUGCAAGUACCCGAAUUCGUCUUAAACUGUUGCAUCAUCUUUGUCAUGUAACUAAAGCUGGUUUUAUUAUACCGCCGUGUAUUCAGGUAGUUUUCGAUUCACUUUAUGGAAAAAAUACCAACACAAAAUUAAAAUCAAUGGCAUUGCAAUUUGCAGCAAAUAUUGUACAGCAGUGUAGCCUUACACCACUAACUCGUGUGGGUGGAGUUAUAUUAGAUGGUAUGAUAAAAUUGAUUUCUGAGGGAGCCGAUUUUCGUCACAUAAUAAUGGCAUGUACUGUUGUUAAGUUAUUGGUACAAAGAAUUCCGUCAUUGAUCAACAAAGCUUCUAAUUUAUUACGUAAAUCAUUUGAUACACUUGUGUCGAUGGAGGGUGAUUUUCAAAGAGAAAUGCGGGACGCGCUGAUUUCCGUAACGUCUGCAUUUGUACUUAAUAAAGACGAUGAAGCUAAUAUAGCCUUAGUGAAUGAUUUAUUGGCCACUUACAUUGAAUCACCAGAAUUUAAUGUCAGAUACGUGGCUAUGCAUUAUGCUGCAAACAUAUUUCCUUCUGAAGAUGCACCUUCUCGUUAUCUUUUGUUGUUAGCAUGCGGAGAUGAUAAAGAUGAAAUACGCACUGAAGCUAUGAAUGCUUUGUACAGUGUUAUGCAUACAAACGAGAGCAGUAAACAGGAUGGUAAUCAAAUUUUGUUACCAGAUUUUCAAAAACUUGUUAUUUACAUUUAUUCAAAGAUGCAGACGAGAAUGCCCACUUCUAAUAGUGGAAAAGUGAAUGUUGAAAGUAAAGUACUUCCUUAUAGUGUCCCUAUUCUGACUCAGAUGAUUACUUAUCUUCGUCUUUGUUUAGCAAAAAGUGCUAAUGUUACUGUAUAUAAUGAAUCGUUACAGCAUCCUGACGAAAGUACACCGUUAAUUGCACGUUAUUUAGAAAAUCUGUACAAAGAUCAACCAGAAACAUUAAAUAAUUAUCUAGAUAUGAUUUUAAUUCUUAAUCAUGCGUCUGCAGAUCAGUCAUCUCUACAAGCUUUAUUGGAAGUGAUUGGUUCUGUUCCACAAUAUGUAACAAAAAUUUAUGAGAAAGAACUGUCAUGGCUUCAUACUUUACUUGUAUCUACCAAGUCAAAUGUAAGACAAUUAGCUGCUAAAAUUUAUGGUAUAAUAACUGCUCAGCUUCCCAUAAACGACUUUGAGACUCAAAUUUCCGAAAUUAUGAACAUUAUGAAUAAGAAGAAUUUGGAAGCACAACAUGGAGCAUUAUUGACCUUAACAUACAUGAUGGAGAGGAGAAUUAUUUCUAGCAAAACUGAUACAAAUAAUGCUGUAUUUAAUUUAGAUAUUUAUGUUAAUGUUGUGAAAAUGAUAUAUACUCACCUUCGCGACGGUACAAUUCUGUUGAUGGAUGCUGCAAUUCAAAGUAUUGGUAUUUUGGGAAAAACAUAUGGUUUACCAUUACCCGAUGGAGGCGAAGAUGAACCAAAUAAGAAGGCAAUUGUAGAAAUACUAUUUUCUCUAUCUAAUAAUGUAAAAUUAAACACUAAGAUAAAAGAAAAAGCCAUUCUCUCGUUAGGAUAUUUGUGCAUAGGAGAAGAUUUUCCGCAUACUACAGAAAUAAUAAAUAAAAUAAUUAGUAUGGUUAAAGAGACAAAAGACAUUGAAAUGCACUUAGUUAUGGGAGAAGCAUUGGUUUGUUGUGUUCAAGGUCAAGCAUCUCCAGAGCAUGAAGUACAUUAUAGUAACACCAGCAAUGAACUUUUAAUACGUACAUUGGAUGAAUUACUUAGAAUACAUAAAGAUCCACAUCCUAAUUUAAGACAGGCGGUCUGUGUAUGGUUAUUAGCGCUUAUAAAAUAUAAUAUCCGGAGAGAAUGUAUUAAAGAGAGGUUUUCGUUAUUGCACAGAGCAUUCAUGGAUUUUCUUUCAGAUGACAGUGAGAUAGUGCAGGACAUAGCUGCAAAAGGCCUUAGUUUGAUACAUAUUAAUAGUACGAAAGAAGAAAAAGAAUUUUUAAUUUCUAGUAUAUUAGAGCAAUUUACAAAAGGACAUAAAGCUGUGAAACAAGUUACACCUGAUACAAAAUUAUUUGAGGAAGGUCAACUGGGAAAAUCUCCAACAAAUGGGAAUUUAUCAACGUAUAAAGAAAUUUGUUCACUGGCUACAGAAUUACAAAAGCCAGAUUUAAUAUAUUAUUUCAUGCACAUAGCAAAUCAUAAUGCAGUAUGGACGUCUAAGAAAGGCGCUGCAUUUGGAUUUGCAGAGAUUGCUAAAGUAGCAAAUGAUGAAUUAAAUAAGUAUUUGCCCAGUAUAAUUCCAUGCUUAUACAGAUAUCAGUUCGAUCCCACGCCCAAAAUUCAACAGAGUAUGUCUAGUAUUUGGCGUUCAAUUGUUCCGUCAACGAGUAAAGCUAUCGAACAAUAUCAUAAAGAAAUAUUGAAUGAUAUAACUGGCAAUUUAGAGAAUCACGAAUGGAGAGUGCGUAUCAGUUGUUGUAAUGCGCUUGCAGAUUUAUUAAGAGCAAACGUUCGUUUUAAUCUAGCAGAAUGUGCGCCUGAAUUAUGGAAAAAACUGUUUCGAGUAAUGGACGACAUUCAUGAGGGUACCCGAUUAGCAGCCGCGAAUACAACUGAAAUACUUAGUAAAGUUUGUGUUCGAUAUUCCGAUGCUUCUUACGGUAAAGAGGGAGAAGAACUUAUACAAGCAAUACUACCAGUAUUAUUAGAUAUUGGAAUUAUUCAUGUUGUGAGUACUGUAAGGUCAGUGUCUCUGCAAACAGUGUCGCAAUUAGUUUCGAGAGCUGGUAGUUUGCUUAAACGGUCUCUAGUCAUUUUAAUUCCUGCUCUUUUGACUACGACUGGAGAAUCGGAAAAUCCUAAUGUUUCGUAUUUAUGUAACUUAUACGCAGCAAAAUCAGGGACACGGGAAACUAUUGAUAAUAUUAGAGCUGCUGCUGCUAAAGAGCAUUAUGCUAUUGAUACAAUAACGAAAUGCAUACAAUAUAUUGACACAGAGGUUUUAAAGGAAUUAAUGCCAAAAGUGAUUGAACUAAUUAAAACUAGUGUGGGAUUUGGAACAAAAAUUGCUUGUUCGCAUUUUAUAAUUUGUCUAAGCGCUCACUUUAAACAAGAAUUGCAACCUCAUACUAGUAAACUGUUAUCGGCUUUAAUGAACGGUCUAUCGGAUCGUAAUUCUAUUGUUACAAAAAAUUAUGCGACCGCCAUUGGACAUAUAGUUGGAUCAGCAAAAGAAUCAAGUCUUAAUAAAUUAUUUAAAACGCUCAACACGUGGUAUUUAGAACGAGAUGAUACAAGUAGAUUAGUAAUUGGACAAACACUGCAAACCAUAAACAAUUAUAAUCAGGAGAUAUUACAAAAUUAUUCAGAUAUUGUUAUACCCCUUACAUUUUUUGCAAUGCAUAUGCCCAAAACGCAAGAGAAUGAAAAUAUGGUUAAUUUAUGGAUUCAUUUAUGGAACGAGAUAACUCCGGGUACUGAAAGCGGAGUCAGGCGAAACAUAGAAACAAUAACAGACCUUUUACGUUCAUCUCUGGAAUCGUCAUCGUGGAAUGCAAAAUCCCAAGCAGCAAAUGCAGUUCAUACUUUAGCUGAGAAAUUAGGCAGCGAUAUUGACCCAUCUGUGAGGAAUACAUUGUUAAAAGUGUUAACGGACGGCUUACGUGGAAGGACUUGGGAUGGAAAGGACCGACUAUUAGAUGCGCUUGCUACGUUAACAUGCAAUAGCAAACAAGCUCUCAAAGAGGACCCUGAAACAUCUACAGUUAUAGUACAGGUGUUACUUAGAGAAAGUAAGAAAGAAGCUUUAGAAUACCGUCGUUACGCAUUACAAGUAUUUGGUAUGGUCUUGCACGAAUUGGAUAUUGAUCAAUUUAAAGAGAUAUACGAUAUGGCUGAAGAAAUUUGGACAACGUUACCAAAGAAGGACGAAAAUGAAUCACUAAUCUCUGAUGAGAAAGUAAAAAGAGAUGAUAACAUUAUGAAAUUAAACGAAACCGUAUAUGGGAUGCUUGGAAAAGCAUGGCCUGCAUCCUCUAAAGAGACUCAAGAUAAAUAUUGUGUAAAAUUUAUAACCCAUUACGGCACAACAUUUCCCGUGCAGUCUACACAUAUUCAAAUGUCAAUGUUGACAUCACUUAACUUAUUUGUCGAUAAACUUGCCUUGCUCAAAGUGAAUAGUUCCGAGUUGUCGAUCAAAGAAAAAGAAAUGUUGGAUUUUACUUGUGAAACGCUUAACAAAAUAAUAAAACAUAGUAUAGGUAUUUCGUAUACCAGAAUAAGGAAAGAGGCUUUAAACAUAGCUGUAUCUCUUGGUAAGAAAUUACGUGAUACUGAAAAUAUUAAACAAUUUGAACAAAUGACCGUAAUAUUCCAAGAAAUUAUGCCACAAUUAACGAAGGAUAAUGCAGAAAUUCAAAGUAGGCUUAUGUAUAUCAAAGAAGUAUUUAAACUAUGAAAACACUGAAUCAUUUUAGUACUAUCCAAUCAAUGUUGUGUACCUUUAAAUUGGUGACUACAUUUUCGGUCACGCUAAAAUAACAAUGAUGAAAAAGUGUAAUAUUUACCAAUGCCUGUUCCUUUAAUAAUACAUCGUCAUAAAAGUGGCUAAUAAUAACAGUAACAACAAUUCUCUAAUAAUACAUAAUUUAAAUUUCACUUUAGUACUGAUAUUUUUGAUAAUUUCCUAUUUUUUUAUAUUAAGUUGUAAAAAGAUAGGAAAAAUAUAUUUAUAUAUAUAUUUGUCUCUGUACGAGUUCUGUGCAAAUAAUAUAUUACACAAAUUAUGUUGUUUGUAAACAUUUUCAUUUUUAAGGUUGAAUGUAUUUAACACCUUCCCGUACUUUAACGAGUCUGACUCGUGAUAAAGAUUUUGGCCCGAAUAUAAAUAUCACGAGCCAGGCUCGCGGACAGCAAAUCACGAUCGUGAUUGAAUUUUAGUUCCUAUCAGUACGCCACGAGAGUCGGUCACGAUUCUUAUAAGUUCUGUUACAACGUAGUUUAGCAUCAGUCCCGCAGUUUGGGCUCGGAUUUCGUCUAGCUAAAUGGUACGCGAAGGAGUUAAAAACCUUUCUUGAACUAACAAGACUUAUAUUUAGAAUAUCUUUUUCUACGAUAUUUUCGCAUACUUGGUAGGUAAGUAAAAUAAUGUGUAAUAUAUAAUUAAUAGCUGUAUUAUGUAUCAUUUUUACAUAAGUUUAGUAUUUAUAUGUGUUACAAAAAAUUAAAAAAUAAAACAGUGAUCUUGGAUUU